CGACCCCAAGCUACGAGGGCGUCCAGGCUCAUGCACACAGUGUUCUGGGUCGCGAUUCCAUCGAGUCCUAGAAGCAGGAACGUUGGAGCUGUGGAUUGAGUCCUUUUUCCGUACACAGAAAGUUACGGCAUACAAAAGCAUAGAGUGUGGAUCUUUGCGAAGCGACGUGAGAUGGCGUCGACCAAGUCGCGGACAGGCCGCAAGGUGCUCGACACCAAGACGGGCAAGAUCGUGGAAGAGGUGAAGGAAGACUCGAUCCGCCUCCGUGUCUUUGAUCCAGAGAAUACAAGUGUCGCCACCAACCCGUACCGCGGCAUUACCCGUGCCAACCUCCGCUUAAAGGUCGUCAACCGCCUCUUUCACUGCAAUGCGUACUAUGCGCGGGACCCAUUUGGCAUGGUGCUCUGGCCGCGCGAAUGGCAGCUCAAAAUGAUGCCCGCGACGCCCACCGAGUCGUGGUGCUACGACAUCGUCGAGAGCGACGAGCCGCUGCCGUUGGACGAGGCAAUGGAUCCGCGCUACGAAGGAUACACGGUGAUUAAAGUGGCCAACGUCCCAAAAGAGUGCACCGAGAUGGACUUGCGACAUUGGCUUCUCCACGGUCUCCUCAUGGACUAUGACCAAAUCAACGACGCGAAAUUCAAGCUCUCGGUGCUGGCGAAGAAGAAGGACCUCCUCCUCGACCGUCUCGAGACCGUCGGUACCAUGGAAGUGAGCGGAAAGAAAGCCGAGCAGAUUGACACGCGGCAGCAAGUCACGCGGGCCAUCAAUUCGCAACAAAAGACUUUGGACAACCAAAUUCAAACCACGAAAGACUGCAUCAAACGCUGGACGCGGCUCUUUCUGAGCGAACCGAUCACGCUGAGCUACCUCAAGGACGGCACUGAGCACCGCUUUGUCGACGCGGCCAAAGAGAACGACAAGGAAAAAUACCACUGGUUUGCCGAUUUUAGGAGUUUGCGCGGCCAAGAUCUGGCGCUCAUGGCCAUCAACAAACGUGACUGGGGUGACCUCCGCUUGGCCAAGACGCGGCCUGUACCGUCUGUCUCGUGCGAAGAAUUCGACGACCCGUCGCUCGAAGUCAACAUGCGCAUGGUGCGCAUCUCCCGCAUCAAGCACGGUCCUGGCGAUUACUAUGUCACGGACGACCUGCCGACCGACGACGAUUUCCACUUUAGCUCGAUCGACGCCAUGUACCGUGGCACUUGGGUCGACGGCACAAAGCAUGACCCCAAGGCCAUCGAGUACACCAACUAUGGCGUCUACAAGGGCAGCUACGAGUACAACGUCCGACGCGGCUACGGGGUCAUGGUCUAUGGCCGCGGCGACGAGUAUGCGGGCGACUUUGACGUCCCCCGGUCCAAGUACGAGCUACGACCCAAGCCCGAGCCGUACCCCAAGCCCGUGCUCCCAACACAAUUCCAGAUCGGUGUGCCCCACGGUACGGGGACCAUCAAGUUUGCAGACGGCGCCACGUACGACGGCGAGAUGGAGAAUGGUCAGGUCACGGGCCGCGGGCGCUACGUCUCUUCCGCCGGUGUGGUUGAAGAAGGCAUCUUCCUCGAAGGGCUUUUACACGGCCCGGGGUACCGCAAGGAACCCAAUGGCUUGUGCGAAGAAGGUGUGUUUGAGCACGGUGUAUUGAACGGGCUUGGCACGCAGACCAACCAGUACAACGACGUCUAUCGCGGCUCGUUUCGAGACGGCGCCAAGUGUGGCCGCGGCGUUCUUGAAGGCCACGACGGAAGUACAUUGACAGCGUUUUGGUACAAUGACCUGCCGUCGGGGCGUGGUGACCUCGCGUACAACCAGACGCUGCCCUCAGAUCCAGAGACGCACGUUCGGUUUCUCUACGAAGGGUCGUUUAGUCAAGGCAAGGUCAAGGGCCGACACCGGCACAUCGACGUCGACCAUGCAACGAUCGGGCACAUUCCGUUCACAACGUAUGGCAAGAGCCCGGUGCAUUUGGCCUACCCCAUGGCAUUGGGCAGUGCGCUCUACAAGCAGCAGUGGCGUCGACACAAGAACCUCCGUCGGCGCGCCGACCGCGAAGAUACGUACAAGGACGACCAAGAGCGUGCGAAUCUCAAACUGUACUACGAGCUGCUCGACGACUUUUACGAAGCGUGGGCCGAUCACAUUCGAGCGCUGAGCCACCCGGACGCACCGAUGACCGAAGAGCAGCUCUUGCGGCAGCGCCAAGAACGGCUGCGGAUUGGCAAACCAAAAAAGACUCUGGCGCACUUUCCGUCGUAUCUCCAGCGGGUGCCACUGCGAUUCAAGGAUGCCAUUACGCUUGGGCUCUUGGCCCAUGAAAAUGCCGAGGAAGAGACGCGCAUGCGCCGACGCCUCGUCGUUGCAUCCGAGUAGCCCCCAAGCUGCUGUUUAAGCUCAAGACGCAGACCAUAUAUCAAAACCUUCUUGCUGCACCAUCGCUCGAGACUUUGCCGAGAAGGACCACUGCCGACGCAUGGUGUUGCGUCUUGAAGCUGGUGCUUUAGUUCUUUGAUGGCUAUGUAAUCGGAAUACGACAUCUGGAAACCAAAUCUGCUACCAAA